AUGACUGAUAAUGGUUCCAUUGGAUUUCAAAACAACGGAAUCAAGGAGAGAUUUUGUUAUUGUCGAGAAAAAGCGAGAAACCAAGAAUCCGACUCAAUUAUUCCAUACUCGGUAGAUUUCGAGGCAAGUGCAAAGUUAAUGAUUUCCAUCGGUGGACACGAUAAUUUCCAACAUUUUUCCGCUAUGGUGUGUCGACCGGAAAUGCAGAAAACCUUCAUCCAAGCCAUUAUAUCUUUUAUCACGGAUAAUCGUCUUGAUGGAGUUGAUAUCUUCUGGAAGUGGCCAACUGAAACCGAGAGAUUUAAGUACACCGAUUUUAUAAAGGAACUCAAAGGAUCUAUGAGUAUAGUAAACAAGAAUUUCAUUCUAUCAAUAGUUGCUCCACCAGCUGGCAUCGAUGGAUGGGAAAACGGAUUCGAUUUAGAUCAUACUUGUAACGGGUCGGGCCGGGCUUUUUCCCGAAUUUCGGAGGCCCGGCGGGCCUUAUGGAUUACUAUGGACCAUGGGAGAAUCAAUGGGGUACACCAGCCGGACCAACAUCUCCAUUAUAUGGAGGAAUACAUGAGAAGAAGAAAUUCAAUGUGGAUUUUACGAUGCGGUACUACGAGCGCGAAACAAAGACUCCUUCAAAAUUCAAUCUGGUCAUUCCGUUCUACGCAAGACUUUGGAGACACGAUCAAGGCGCUUUUGCUCCUGGAAAAAACAUUUUCCGUAAUAUAG